AUGCCUAACCAUACCUCAGUGAAUGAGUUACUUCUCAUUGGGAUUACAGAAACCCAGGAACUUCAGCCUUUUCUCUUUGCAGUUUUUCUCAUCAUCUACAUCCUUAUCCUCAUUGGGAAUGGUGCCAUCCUGGUGAUUGUCAUCUCUGAUCCUCGACUUCAUUCCCCCAUGUAUUUCUUUUUGGGUAACCUUUCCUGUCUGGACAUCUGCUACUCCACAGUGACACUGCCCAAAUUGCUAGAUAAUUUCCUUUCCACUCACAAGACCAUUUCCUUUGUGGGCUGUAUUACUCAGCUCCACUUCUUCCAUUUCUUUGGUAGCACAGAGGCCAUCCUUCUAGGUGUCAUGGCCUUUGACCGUUUUAUGGCUAUUUGUAAUCCACUCCGCUAUACAAUUCUCAUGAACCAUGAAGUGUGCCUCUGCUUGGCUGCUGCAACCUGGAUCACUGGUUUCUUCCAUGCCUUGCUCCAUUCUAUCAUGACUUCCCACUUGAAUUUCUGUGGAUCCAACCACAUCCACCAUUUCUUCUGUGACAUCAAGCCACUACUAGAGCUGGCAUGUGGGAAUACUAAGCUCAAUCAAUGGGUGCUUGAAAUAGUAGCUGGCAUCAUUGCCAUGAGCCCCUUCUUCUUUAUACUCCUCUCUUACUUCUAUAUUAUUGGUUUUCUCCUCUUCAAAAGUCGGUCCUAUAGUAUGCUUCAGAAAGCACUAUCCACUUGUGCCUCUCAUUUUAUGGUGGUCAUGUUGUUCUAUGUACCUGCUCUCUUUACGUAUAUACGCCCCUCCUCAGGUAGUUCUAUGGAACAGGAUAGAAUAGUGGCCAUUGUGUACAGUGUGGUCACUCCAGUUCUCAAUCCAGUUAUCUAUACCUUGAGAAACAAGGAUGUGAAAGGGGCACUAAGCAAAGCCAUUAGAAAGAAGCUAUGGUUUAAAUGA